CAAAAAAUGACAAACUCGGGAUAUUAAUUAAGAUGUCUGGAUCAUUCUGCUAUUCGAUAUUUUUAAGUGAUUGUUUCCCGUGUUGAAGGGAAGUAACUGGAAUAAUCUUUAAAAAAUCCCGGAUGAUGAUGUGUAAAAAAGGAAUAUAGAUGUACACGUGUACUGCUUUUCCAGACGGAUUAAUUACAAAUACUGUAUUUGUUUUAUAUGUAAAGAGUAAAAAAGGGGAUUUUUUAGUCUAUCAAAGCAUAUAAAUAAGCCUGCGCUCAAUGUAUUUUUCACUUCCUAACUUGUACCUAUAAUAUUAACAUUGAGAAGGACAGAAAAUAUGGCAGGAAGAAAAGGUGGAAGUACCAAUGAUGUGUGGCUCAAUUCCAGAGUCAUUGUCAUAGAUUCAACCCCUAGAGGACCUAGGUUUCGCCAGGUGAGGAGACGAAUUGACUUUUCUUCGGAGGCUGGGGACGGCGCAUGCGUGAACCUCCAAACACCUUCAGCGUCCCCCCAAAUUCCUGCAGAUACGACCAUCCAGGAGGAGGUAUUCACCCGCGCCUGCAGAGACUCGAAGAAAGUCUGGAGGCGCUGAGAAAGGAGGUGGCAGGAAGGAGAAUCCUCCGGAAGUUAAAUGUUUGUCAUUUUUGUGAAAAUUAAAAUGUUUUAAGUUUCAA